UUUUUCUGUGGACCAAGAUGACUGAUGGAAACCUUUCCACCACUACAAAUGGCGUAGCCUUGGUGGGCAUUCUGGACGGUCGACCAGGAAACCACGUUCAGAACCUGCAACCCCUGAAUCUCAAGGCACCCAGAUCCCUCUCGUUGCCUGAGUACGGGCCCAAGCUGAAACUUGGUGCUUUAGAAGAUCGGCACAGCCUUCAAUCGGUGGACUCAGGCAUCCCUACCCUAGAGAUCGGCAACCCGGAACCUGUCCCCUGCAGCGUGGUCCACGUGAAGAGGAAACAGUCCGAGUCGGAGAUCAUCCCUGAGCGAGCCUGCCAGAGCGCGUGCCCACUGCCUUCCUACGCGCCACCAGCUCCCACCAGUGCCGAGCGGGAACAGAGUGUGCGGAAGUCCUCCACGUUUCCCAGGACAGGCUAUGACUCAGUGAAGCUCUACAGCCCCACCUCCAAAACCCUGAACCGCAGCGACAAUGUCUCAGUCUGCAGCGUGUCCAGUCUCGGCACAGAGCUGUCAGCCACGCUGUCCGUCAGCAAUGAGGACAUCUUGGACCUCGUGGUCACGAGCAGCUCCAGUGCCAUCGUGACCCUGGAGAAUGACGAUGACCCACAGUUUACUGAUGUCACCUUGAGCUCCAUCAAGGAAACCCGUGACCUACGCCAGCAGGACUGUGUUGAUGAAACCGAGGAGGGGAGGAAAUUGAAAAUAUUGGGACCAUUUAGUAACUUCUUUACAAGGAAUUUGCUUGCUAGAAAACAAAAUGCAAGACUUGACAAACAAAAUGACUUGGGAUGGAAGUUAUUUGGAAAAGUACCACUCCGAGAGAAUGCUCAGAAAGAGUCAAAGAAAAUACAAAAGGAAUAUGAAGACAAGGCUGGACGACCUAGCAGGCCACCCUCUCCAAAGCAGAAUGUGAGGAAGCAUCUUGACUUUGAGCCUCUUUCCACCACCGCACUCAUCCUGGAAGACAGACCAGCAAAUCUCCCGGCGAAGCCAGCUGAAGAAGCUCAGAAACACAGGCAACAGUAUGAAGAAAUGGUGGUUCAGGCCAAAAAACGAGAGCUGAAAGAAGCCCAGAGGAGAAAAAAGCAGCUGGAAGAAAGAUGCAGAUUAGAAGAAAGUAUUGGAAAUGCUGUCCUCACUUGGAAUAAUGAGAUUUUGCCUAACUGGGAAACAAUGUGGUGCUCUAGGAAAGUUCGAGAUUUAUGGUGGCAGGGAAUCCCUCCCAGCGUGAGAGGCAAGGUCUGGAGCUUAGCCAUUGGCAACGAGUUAAACAUCACCCACGAGCUCUUUGACAUCUGUCUUGCCCGAGCCAAGGAGCGGUGGCGGUGCUUUAGCACGGGAGGCUCUGAAGUGGAGAACGAAGAUGCUGGUUUUUCAGCAGCAGACAGAGAAGCCAGUCUGGAGCUAAUUAAACUGGACAUUUCCAGAACAUUCCCUAAUCUCUGCAUUUUCCAGCAAGGUGGCCCGUACCACGACAUGUUGCACAGCAUUUUGGGCGCUUACACUUGUUACCGACCGGAUGUGGGUUAUGUUCAGGGCAUGUCCUUUAUAGCGGCCGUGUUGAUCUUGAACUUAGAUACUGCAGAUGCCUUCAUUGCUUUUUCUAAUCUUUUGAAUAAACCCUGUCAAAUGGCGUUUUUCCGAGUGGACCACGGCCUCAUGUUGACUUAUUUUGCUGCAUUUGAGGUAUUCUUUGAAGAAAAUUUGCCGAAAUUAUUUGCUCAUUUCAAGAAAAACAACUUAACUCCAGACAUCUACCUAAUCGAUUGGAUCUUUACUUUAUACAGCAAAUCUUUGCCCCUGGAUCUGGCCUGUCGUGUGUGGGAUGUGUUCUGUCGUGACGGGGAGCAGUUUCUGUUCCGCACGGCCCUGGGCCUCCUGAAGCUGUUCGAGGACAUCCUGACCCACAUGGACUUCAUUCACAUAGCUCAGUUCCUAACGCGGCUGCCCGAGGACUUGCCGGCAGAGGAGCUUUUUGCUUCCAUAGCUGCAGUUCAGAUGCAAAGUCGAAACAAGAAGUGGGCUCAGGUACUGACCGCCUUGCAGAAGGACAGCCGGGAAAUGGAGAAAGGAAGCCCAUCUCUCAGACACUGAGGCGGCAGGUGGACUUGCGCUCGGCACUGAAGCGGUUCUCCAAGUGGUACCUGUGUUGUUACAGGCGGACACGCUGGCAGCUCCGAAGAACAGGGGCUGUUUUCACGUUUGAUUCCUAAUGCUGGAGUUGGCCUUAAACAAAAACAAAACAAACAAAAAAAGUUUUAAAAGAAUUAAACCAAGGCUAAGCCUUAAGAAGCUCGGUGGAAUGAUGGCCAUGGCCAACCACUGCAUAUUCUGCAUGGUUUAAAAAUAGGGCAGUGGCUAAUCCCCUCCCCUCAUUUCAGCAAAAGUUAAUUAAAUCGUAAUGCUUUUAUGUCAACUACUGGAAAGUACAUUACAAUUUUUCAUAGCCAGGGUGCAUGAGAAACGUUAUUUGGGAGACCUCAGAGAUGUUAUUGGCUCAUAUUUUCGUCAGAAAGGGAUUACUGAUUUAGUUACCGAGAUAAUCUUUCGAGGGCCGCAGGUCAUGUUUCUAAAGCCCAACUACCAAAGAUAACAUUACAGGAAAGUGGGUUCUCACAGGACAGCCGCUGACGAGUGCGCAUGGGCUCCCCGGGACACGAUCUGACCUUCAGGUUGACCUUCUACCACGUUGCCUUGACAGAAUUCCAGCAGGAGGGCUGACAGUGCAUGCUUAGGUUGCAGUGGGAGCCCUGCUGUCCCAGAGGCUGCGCCCACGCUUGUCCAGCGGUGGCGAUGAGUCCAAGCAGGAGGAGGUGCGCACGGAGACGCUGCGACAGUUGAGACGGGCUUCACGCUAGUGGGAAACGGACGGCGGCGGCCCCUCUGAGCCGCAGGGGAGGCAAGAGGGUGUUCAGACCCACCCCCUCGUGCACCCUCCUGGCUCCUGUGGAGGCCGGCGCAGCACGGCGGGGUCGGGGGCUGCUCCCUUGCUCUGCCAGCGCACUCCCCUUGUCCCCUAAACGGCAGGCGCAGUCCUGCGUGCGGUGAUCCCGCCUCACGCAUUUGACUUACAGACGGACGGUUGUAAGGACUGAGGAUCCAGCGGCCCGCACGUCUUGUCAGGAUUCUCAGUAUCUGUGCUGGCAGCCUUUCCCCCCCGCACAGCUGGUUUUCCCCAAGUUCGUUAGCAACUUUUUUGUUCUAGCUUUUCCUUGACUAAUUUGGAGAACUUCGUAUUGAGAACUUUGGUUAUCCAAAUUCAAAGACAUGAAGAGUUUUGGCACAGAAGGGUCCAAAGGACAGGCCAGUCUCCACGGAAACCGGUUCCAUGCUAACGCGUUGGCAUGUUGGUCUCUGGCGCGUUCAGUAGGCCAGGUUCAAGGGCACCUGCUGCCCUGCAGCCCUUGUCAGCCCCCUGUCCCACCCCCAGGGAGUGCCCCCAGCUGACCUGGUUCCUGAUGUCGGGAGCGCCCUCGGCUCUGAGAGCAUAGCGUGCGGCAGGGAGACACGGGUUGGGGUAGAGCCUAACUACAGCAUUAUUUUUAUAGGUUUUCUAUAUCUGCCAUAUCCGCCGAUGACACUUCAGGUACAAAGCAAGGUGCCGAGCCAGUGGCCGUCCUCAUGCCCUCCGUCCCAGCUCUGUUCCGUGUGUCAUUUUCCCCUGUGUUCCUGGCUGAACUCUCCAGGGAGGUUGCAGAGCAUCUUGCAUACACUGUCUGCCUCAGCCUUUAAACGCUGACUUGCCUGACCUCCUGGAGGAGGUGUUCUGUCUCCACCCAGCUCUCGGCAGCCUCCCAGACACAGCCGUUCCCUGACGUCAUGCGGCUGAGUGUAACCCAGGCUGAGCCCGGCCUGGGAAAUGGGCCGCGAGCCCUGUCACACCGUUCCUCACGGAUGUACUUGGUUUUGUUCCAUGACAUGGGCUUUCUGUUCUUGAAAGAUGUAUAUAUUUUCUUACUGUACAUAAAGAUGUUCCUUAAGUGGUGACAGAAAGCGAUGCAGCAGGGGGCGUGGGCAAGUUAUCGAGAAUGCGUUUGUGCAGCUUCACGUGUAGUCAGACCCCAGCCCUCAACAUUAUCGUCAGACAGUUUGACAUAAAUCUCUUUGGAUAGCACCAUAUAUGCAUUACAUUUUUAAACAGGAUUCCAGGCCAAUCUGGAAUACUUCCACAUCUUUAGUUCAAAGGAGGUUUUCCUGACCUGUCCAGGGACCACACAAGCGCUUGCUGGUUUGAUGCGUCCACUUCAGAGGCCGGGAAGUUCUAAGUCCAAGUCUAGGGUCACUUCGCACCUUUCCGCAGAGGGCUGCCGGACAGCACAGGGCUGUGCUUCUCUGCUUGACCUUCUCGUUUAGAAAAACUGGAAGCAGAAAUUGAAGUGCAGCCCCUGGAAGCCUGCCCUCUCCGCUUCCCGUGCCAUUGAUUUUCAGGAUGUGAGACUUCAGGUUUGGGACCUCUGUGCAGCUGGUACUUCAGAGUCGGAUGCUGUGUCCCCACCAGUCAUUGAAAUCCCAUCUGGAGAAACGUUCACUUUAAAGGGUACUUUUUAACGGCUCAGUUUUUGACUAUUUUAAAUAGUUUGCUGAUAGAAAACCCCUGAUAACACUUGCUCUACAUAUCAUGUUUUAAUUGCUUGUACAGUUAACCUUUAAUUUUAUUUAGUAAAGUGUAUCAAACUAGGACUUUUUCAAUUGUAAAUAUGUGGUUUUAUUAAAUAAAAGUCAUGUAAAAUUGUUACUUACGUUCAUGGCAGUUUGGUUUAAAGUUGGAGUUCUCACCCUGAAGCAUGGUAAGAUCUUGAGUAUCAUGCUGUUUGAAUAUUUUAAAAUCCACUUACUAGUCUCAGUUAAAUAAGGAAGAUGGUACAGUUAUGGUAAUUUAGUCAAGGGCUGGAAAGUUAGCGCUGCACCCCUUCUAGGCGGAGGGGAGCCCCAGCCUUGCUGCCCCUCGAGCCUGAGCGCCCGUGGCUUUAGCCCCUCGUCUCCACGUGUCUGCCACACUCACCUGCUCACAUCCCUGAGCCUGCCGCCCGUGCGAGCAGGUCAUCGGGCUUUCUGGGCCAGCCGCCGGGCUCUUGACACUACCUCGACCCUGCUGGGAGCCUCGUAAGGUCAGCGGGCGGCCGUGGCCCCUUCCCGUCUGGGGUGGAGACCAGCAGCACCGCCCGUGGCGGCGGUGGGCUAGGAGCAGGCCGCCAGGUCCCGCAGAGCUGGGCAGAGCGAUGCCCACGUUUCGGUGCGCCCUUCCUUCCAGUGCUCGGAGGCGCGCGGCUCGUGGGGUGUUUGGGCCCUCACACGGUGCUCAGAAACGGUGCCCUCUCUCCGCAAGUGACCUGCCUCACCGCUCUGGGCCACUGCCCUGUGGUGUCCGUCCUCCGCAGGCUGAGGGUGCUCGAGGGUUGACUGCCGGGGGCUCGCUCACUGCUCCACCCGUGCCGGGCUCUGGGCUGAGUGCUCCGUGGCUGACCUGAUUCCUGUCCACGGCGGCUCUGUCACUGCCCCAUUUCUGAGGUGUGGCUCAGAAGUGAUCUGCUUGGGCCCCUGCAGCCAGUUGGUGGCAGAGCUGGGGUUCAGACUCUGGCCUUGUGGCUCCCCAGCCCUUGCUCAGAAACACCCCUCCCCAGAGAACACGUUGCUCUGGGGCCUCUGACCUCAGCUCGGAAGAGGUAGAGCCGUGCCCGACGGCCGGCCCCUGGGGGAGGACCCCCUUGCAACGUGUGAGCCGUGGGUGGGAGCGGAAGUUGGGGACCGUUUUCCCGAGAGAAACUGGGGGCUGACAGUUCAAAACCCACGCCCCCGCAGUGUGCAGCCUGCCGAGAAGGCAGGAGAGGGAACGAGGUGCUGCCAGUGGGGUGGGGAGGUGCCGGCCACCCAGUGGGGCCUUGGGGUGAGCUGUUGGUCACCAGGUGGACCAGAGGAAGGGCGCGGCCAGCGGAGGGAACUUAGAGCUAAGGAAGUCCUCAGAUGGGAAGCGGCGGAGGUACGCUCCUGGAGUCCUUUUCACUCAUAGCAUUUGCAUGCUUCAUCACUCUGACUUAAGACUUACCUGAAAGUUUAAAACAUAAACAGUACCAAAUUGGGGUGCAUUAACUCUUUUUAUAGACAGGCAUCCCUGUUGAGUGGCAAAAAUCUAAAUUAUAGCUGCAGAUGAACAUGUAUUUCCACUUACGUAGUACAAAAUUUCCAAUGUGAUGUCACCAAAAAAUGAUUUUCAUUUACCAAUAAAAAAGCGUUUCU